CCGUGUGACUCACACGAGCGGUUCGUUGACGUUGCGUUUCUAUGUUUUUCCUUAUUUAGCAAUUAAAACAACGAAGACAGACAAGACCGGCGUUCCUAUGUUUGCUUGGUUGUUUCAAUCGCGAGCAAGGAAAACCAUAGAAACGCACCGCUCGCGUGUGACUGUAGGCUAAGUGACAAACUCCACGUUACACGAUAACGAUAUUUCACGGCGUUACCCGCGGCGAAUGAACGCAACCUCAAGGUCUAGCAAUGAACAGAGCACGAUAGGUACGGAUGAGGAAGAAGUAAAGAAAUUAUUCAGGAUGAAUCGCACAAGAGAAUAUGGUAUCGCGAUUUUGUUCCUGGUCGGGAAGUGAUCUUUUAAUUGUGAACUCAAAAAUGUCUUGACUUCGAUUCACAAUAAAUAAUCUACGAUCGUGCGAGAAUGAAAUUAAAAGGAAAUUAAGCAGAAUCACGAGUGCCAAGGGAUAUUGUUUCUAUGGUUCUAGUUCGACGUGGUCGACGACAAUCAUUCAAACGUUCGCGAUGGAAAGCAAAAGCUGCAACAAUUUUAUAAGCUACGUGGGCCUCGAGGAACACGAGAUGCAGCCACUGGGUUCUAGUCGACGUAAUUCUUUGUCCGAAAACAAUAUCAAGUUACUACCUGGUGAGAUUUUCAUCACUGGAGCAAAAAGUGUUCUCAUGUUCUCGCCCGUCAGCGCUCUGAAGCAAGGAACGUCCGGCAUCCUAUCGGUCACAAAUUUUAAGCUUACAUUUAUUACAACCGACGACACAAGCGGAGAAGAUGUAGCUCGUCAACAGAAUCAUCUUUACGGAUAUAUGGAUACAUGUUUAACAAACAUUGAAGAUAUUUAUAUAACAGAAGGUGAUAAGAAAAGGAGACUGGUACCUGGCAAUACUGUACCAUCUAAAGUAAAAGGGAUAUUUAUUAUUUGUAAAAAUUUACGAACAUGGUCCUUUUCUUUUAAAUUUUCACCCAUUGGAGACGGGCAAAAGCUGUUGCGGGCACUGUUACAUCACGCUUUCCCCAGUAGACACCAAUUAUUAUUUGCUUAUGAUUACAGAGAAGCGUACUAUAGCAGCCUUGAUAAAGGUGUUCGUUUAUUUCGAGACUUGUCAGAUUGGAUUAACGAAUUAGAACGAACUAUAAGUAAUGAGAAACAUAGAAAAUUUUGGAGAUUGUCUACUGCUAAUGUAGACUUCAAGCUCUGUCGUAGCUUGUCACGGUAUAUAAUUGUACCCGCAUCCAUUACCGAUAGUCAGCUAAUGGUCGCAGCUAUGCACUUCCAAGGCAACCGUCCACCAAUUUGGUCUUGGUCGAGCAUACAUGGUGCAGCAUUAGUUAAAAUGUCCGAGCUUUCGCUGUUGGCUACUAAGAGAAUGCAAGAAAAUAUUAUGUUUGAGAACGUUCGCAAAAGUCACCCACGAAAACGGGAACCGGUUGUUUUAGAAUUAAAUAAACACGUUAGUGUAAAAUUUAUAGCUGUAGCCUUCUCAAAAUUUGCUAAUCUGUGCUCCCCAGAAAAUAUUAGGCAAUUCUGGCUGCAGGAUAAUAAUUUCUAUUCAUUGGUAGAGAAUACGAAGUGGUUAAAGUGUGUAUCAUAUUGUUUGCAAAAAGCUGUUGAAGCUUGCGAACACCUUCAUCUAGAACGUUCUGUUAUCUUACAAGAAGGUGCUGGCACAGAUAUAUGUUGUAUUGUAUCGAGCUUAGUCCAAUUGCUACUGGAUCCUUAUUUUAGAACCAUAAAUGGGUUUCAGUCGUUGUUGCAAAAGGAAUGGGUUGCCGGUGGACAUCCAUUCUGUGAUAGAUUAGGUCAUAUUGCUAAGAGCAAUUCGGAAAAAUCUCCGCUGUUACUUCUAUAUUUGGAUUGUGUCUGGCAAUUAAGUCAACAAUUUCCCGGAGAAUUCGAGUUCACGGAAACGUACCUGACAACAUUGUGGGAUGCUGCUCACGUUUCAAUUUUUGAUACGUUCAUUUUUAAUUGCGAGAAAGAUCGGGUGGCGGCAGCUACAGAACCAAGUAAACCUCUUCUUGUUUAUCGGAGCGUCUGGGACUGGAGGGAACAAUUCAGCGAACAGGACAUUUUACUGUUCUAUAAUCCUCUAUACAAUUUUUGCGAAUCUGACGCAACAAAAAAGACCAUAAUAAAGCCCCGGUAUAAUAUAGCUAGCUUAGAAUUAUGGACACAGUGUUAUUUUCGUUGGAUACCCGCUUUGGAAAUCCGUAACGGCGGACAUAAUCACAUAGAGCUUUACGCAAGAUUAUUACGAAAUGACGUGAAUAAGUUGAAGAUGUGCAUAAAUGGUAAUUGCAGUUCACCGGUCGACAAAUCGAACAGCUAUUCCGUUCAAAUGAAUAUUGAUAGUUUUUAUCCGUUCUCGAAUGAAAAGUCUGGAAACACAGUGAGCGCGCCAAUCAUGAAUAGCUCCACUUUAACUACCGAAAGCUUGUUAGACGCACAGUCUUUGAUAACUACGUCCGAUUGAUGUACAUAUUACGGUAAUAUUCAUUCGUGAUCCGUUAACGUAGAGAAGGAUAUUUCUUGCAGUUACACAAAUUCUUCCUAUCUUUUCGGUAUCAAACUAGAGCUGAGACUACUUUGUCGAAUUUUUUAUAUUCAAACAUUCGACGAAUAAACCUCGAAUCCUUAGCCAUUCGAAUAAUUGAAUAUUUUGUAUAUUGAUUAAAUAUCUGGAUAUUCGUAGCAUUUGAAUAAUGCGAAAAAUUGAAAUUUUUAAGUUCGUUACUUUUUUGUUUAAACUUAAUUUUCUAUUCAACGAUCGCAAUGGUAGUAUUCGAAGUUUAUUCAGAAUAUUUGAAUAGUCCGUUUUCUAUGUCAACUUGCAUAGCAUUUUCCCGAAACUAGCGGCCACUUUUUCUCUGUGUAUUUAAAUUGUAAAUACGAAUCGAAUCUUGGCGAAUGGUUAAACCAGUGCGUUUCAUAAAUUAUUACUACCCUUCCAUGUUUGGCUCAUUCGGUUUUCCUUGAAUUGAUACGAUUACCAGUAACGAGGAUACAAAGUUUUUCUUUUGUACGUAUAUCGCAUUGUAAAAUAGCGGAAUUAAAGAAAACUGAUAUUUAAUAACACUCUGAUGUUAUAACUUAAAUAACAAUAAAAC